ACUUGUAAUUUUUGUGUACUGUUGUUUUGUUUGGACUAGCGCAAAUUGGCUUUGAUAUUUGCAAUAUUAAGAUAUACAUAAUUUAAGAGACUAUGACGACGUGGGGAAAUAUUUGUCGCAUAUGUAGCAGCCCCGCAGACUACAACAUAUUUGCCAAAAUACCCACAUACUUGCACGGCUCGACAAACGAGUUUCUCAACUAUCAAAAGCCAAUUAAUGUAUUACUCGAGGAGACAUCAGGACUAAAGAACUCUACAGACGACGGACUGCCGUCGUACAUUUGUGCUUUGUGCAUAUCGUACUUGAAACACGCCGUAACAUUCCGCGAACAGUGUAUCAAAAACGCACUCAGCCUGAAGCUGAUCGGGUUGUACCAACAGAAAUCAAUCAAUAACAACGGGGACAAGGAUAAGGAAAGCGAUCUCUUUACGGCCGACCAGCUGAGCUAUGUAGAGCAGCGACCGGUGCACAAUCUUCUGCUGAACAACAAUAGCGCCCAGAAACUGGACAGGACGGACAAAGUGCACAAGAAAUUGCUGAAUCAGUUUGCGCCCCAGCAAUGCGGCAACCACGAACGACGAUCACGCUACCUAAACGCUUUGUAUGCUAAACAUCGAAAUGCGACACAGGGAUCAUCUAAAGUGGAAUUGCCAUCGACAAGCGCUGGCAGUGGCAGCGGUAAUGGCACUGGCGAGGACGAGGACUACGCGGCCGUCACCUCUAGCGAUGACAAUGAGGAGAAUGCAUUGUCGCGCAAGGAUAAGAACUGCUAUAACUACUGUGAAACGAAUUUCGAGGAGGAUGAUCCCAUGGAGCAGGCUCAGUUGAAGGACAUUAAGGUCAACAUACCCGAACCCAUGUGGAAGGAGCGCAAGUGUCCGGCCUGCUCCAAACGCUAUAUGCACGAAGAUUCGCAUCAAUUGCAUUUGGACAAUUGUGUGGAACAUCAGUUUUUCAGUUUUGUGGCCGAGUUAAACAAGUUGCUGGAGAUCAAGCGCCAGAAGAUGAUAUCACCACAUGAGUUCAUCAGACGAAUGAUCUUUGCGUUGCACAAGACUUGCACCUGGUUGCAGGAACAUUCAAUAGACACCCAGUUGGCCGAUCAACUGAAUCAGGUUAAAAUAACCAAUAGCAGCACUGAAAAAACUUUUGAGCCAACUCCAGAAAGCAGUGCAAAAUUCCCAAAUCGCUGGGAUAGCGUUGUAUCCUCUCUCAAUGACGAUGCUGUCUUUGGCAAUGGCCUGCUAACAUUUAACAGUGGCACCAACACUCCAAUAACCGUUGAGAAUAAUGUAUUGUAUGCCAUCGAGCGCUCCGAGAGUCGCAACUCACAGAAUACGCCCAAUCCGGUGGUAAAGAAGCCCAUACCCAUAAGAUGCACAGCUGCUGCUGCUGCACCGCUGGUGCAUGAGGAGCGGGCACGUGCCACAUUCCUAGAGAAGUUGCAACGUGCCGUUGUCACACCCCAUCAGCAGUCACAGUCGCCUGUGCCCGCGACACCUACAAGUGCCACGCAGUUGCCCUUGUCGGCAGCACGUUGCAACCAAUGCAACUUGAUAUUUGACUCCGUUAGCGAACUGGAGAUUCACAACGGUCUUCAUCACAACGAACAACGCAAUGUCAGCAAUGCCAAAGACGACGACGCUCAACGGCGUCGCAUAAUCGCCCUAUUCGAAGAUGAUAUUUAAUUUAAUCUAGUUUAUAUUCAUUAUUCCAUAUCCUAUUUAAGUCUGAAACAUCGUUUUACAUUUUUAAUUGAUUGUAUUCAUCGCGUGCAUUUUUUAUUUUUGUAAUUUGUUUUAGUUUUUAAUUUCUAUGAUUUAUGUCAUGUAUGUUUUACUUGAUUUCAAUGUAUGUACACAUCUAACGGCCCCGGGCAAUAUUGAUUAUAAUAAGUAUUAUUAUUUAUUUAUAAAUCCAUUUUGUAUUUAUUUAAUCCAUACAACCUCGAAUCCAAUCUCAUCUUGGGGCAGCUAUCCACCCUAGAGAAUAAUAAAUCAAAAUUUACCACUUAUUAAA